GCUUUUUUGUGCCUUCGAAAAGAUGUCUGAUAAUGAGUUGAGGGCUAUCCGUCUAGUGCGCAUCAGGACGAAACAAUCGUGAAAAUUUGGCAUCGAAUAUCUCUUAAACCGCAUGACAUUUUACAUCAUCGUCUUCUGGAAUAUAUCAAGCAGAGUUUGGACUAUCAUACUGCGGAUUUUUACCACGCGCUUUGGCCGUAUAGAUGGUUUAAAUCAAGCAAGCCAUUGUUCGUGCGUCUUUGUUCGGACAGAUAUUCUCGAAAAGCCUUGGCUCUGUGAUGUAUGCGCACUCUAGCUAGGCUGUGUGUUCAACGGGACAUCAUCAUAACCGUGUCUUCUGCGCACCCCGCCUACAACACUGUGUAGAAUGGAGCGUGCGUAUAACCGGCUAGGCGAAUGCAGCUAGGACAGGUCUAUUGAAAGGCAAUAAAGCAUGACCUUCUUGUGAUCCAAGUGUGUCUACUGUGCAAUAGCUUCAACUCACUCAAAUUUACCUUACGCUAAUAUGCCAAAGUGAGCUUUCAUGAGACCAUUGCUGCUAAAGCCCAGGACAAUGCCAGCCCUAAAUUUUGAUGUAAAGACGUUCUGUCACAAUCUUCGGGCAACCAAGCCUCCAUAUGAAUGCCCAGUGAAUGAUUGUGGCAAAGUCUACAAGUCCCUGAAUGGAAUAGAAUUUCACCUAUUUCACUAUGACCAUGAUAAUCCGAAUGGUAAUGGCUAUGCAACACCUGUUAAGAAAGGUGGAUGGAGGAAGUCACGAGUGAAUAACAGGCCAAACCAGCGUGCUUCUUCACCCCAGUUAAUUCGUUCCCCAGCUAGAGAGGGCCUCACCUAUGCCCAGGCUCAGCGACGUGAGGUAGACCUGGAUGGACAGACAAUGAGGCUUGAUAUUUAUGAAAACAUUGAUGUGAUGACGGAGGAUGAGUUUGAGAGUGAGACAAGUGAGGAGGAGAAGAAUGAGAAGCCACCAGCAAGUAAAGGAAACAAAACUGUGGACCAGGCACAAAAGCCUCAAAAAGAGAAGCCAGUUGGUGGUGCUUCUCUUAAAUUACCUGAGGCAUCUUUUACAGUAUUGACUGAUUAUGAAGAGCCCCCAGAUAUCCCAAACAGACCAAAUUCUUACUUCAGGUACAUUGAAAAGACGGUGGAGGAACUGGAUGACGAUGUCGAAUAUGACAUGGAUGAAGAGGACUAUGUAUGGCUGGACGUGAUCAAUAAAAAGCGACAGACUACAAACAUGAACCCAGUAGGGCAAGAGAUCUUUGAGUUGUUGAUGGACAGACUGGAGAAAGAGUCUCAUUUUCAGAGUCAAUCUUCUGGGAAACCAGACAAUCAGCAGUUCAUCGAUGAAGAUGCAGUUUGCUGCAUAUGCAACGAUGGGGAGUGCCAAAACAGUAAUGUUAUAUUAUUCUGUGACAUGUGUAAUCUUGCUGUGCAUCAAGAAUGCUAUGGGGUGCCCUACAUUCCAGAGGGACAGUGGUUGUGCCGUCGCUGUCUCCAGUCGCCCUCCAGAGCAGUUGACUGUGCCCUUUGUCCUAACAAGGGUGGGGCCUUCAAACAGACUGAUGAUGGGAGGUGGGCUCAUGUCAUGUGCGCACUGUGGAUCCCAGAAGUAGGUUUUGCCAACACAGUAUUCCUAGAGCCGAUAGACAGUAUAGCUCACAUUCCUCCGGCUAGAUGGAAAUUGACGUGCUACAUCUGCAAGCAGCGAGGUGUUGGGGCUUGCAUUCAGUGUCACAAAACAAACUGCUACACAGCUUUCCAUGUCACCUGUGCCCAACAGGCUACUCUGUUCAUGAAAAUGGAACCCAUUCGAGAAACAGGUAUCAAUGGUACAUCCAUUAGCAUCAGAAAGACUGCAUUCUGUGACAUUCACACUCCAGCUGAAGCGGAGAAGAAACCCAUUAUGAAGAAUGACAAGGUGAUUGAGAUGGAUGCUGCUGAGAAAGGCUGGUCAGCCAAGAAGGCUAAGGCAAUAUCCAGGAAAAACAUGAGAAAGGCACGUAAGAUAUUGGCAGAGAAGAGAGCGGCGAUGCCAGUGGUCUCCAUUCCAUGCAUUCCACAACAAAGGAUAUCCAAGAUACUGAAAAAGGUAACUCUGCAGAAGAAACAGCACUUUAUGCAAAGACUUGUCAGCUAUUGGACACUCAAACGACAGUCUCGGCAUGGGGUGCCUCUACUGAGGCGGUUGCAAGCACACCACCAAUCGCAGCGCAACAAGGAUUCGGUUAGUCGUGAGAGCCAGAAGGCAAACAGACUGAAAGAGCAGCUCAAGUACUGGCAGAGGUUACGACAUGACUUAGAACGAGCAAGGCUGCUGGUAGAACUCAUUCGCAAGAGAGAAAAGUUGAAGCGAGAACAGAUGAAACUAAGCCAGAAGGCAACUGACAUGCAGCUGCAGCCAUUCAAUAUCUUGCUCCAGAGAACGCUAGCCAAACUAGAGGAGAUGGAUCCCUUGAACAUCUUCUCUGAACCUGUGGCUGUUGACGAGGCUCCUGACUACUAUGAUGUCAUCACGAAACCUAUGGACUUCUCCACAAUGAGUGACAAAGUAGAGGGCCACAAGUACCAGGGGCUGGAUCAGAUGGAAGAGGACUUCAACCAGAUGAUAGAGAACUGUAUGAACUACAACAGUAAGGAAACCAAGUACUACAGGGCAGCUGUCAAGAUCAGAGAUCAGGGAGGUGCUGUACUUAGACAUGCCAAGAGGCAAUCAGAGAAAGCUGGCUAUGACCCUGAAACAGGACUCCAUCUAGAGAAGGCCCCCAAAUAUGAAGAAACACAAAUUAAACUCGGAGACAUUGACUCAGUACUUCAAGCAGAGAACAGAGUAGACAUGACGUUGGAAGACCAACUUCACGAACUCCUAGAGAAGCUGGAUGCAACCUGCGGCAUCAAGCACAGUGCUGCACGCUCCAAACGCUCCAAGCAGCUCAAACGAGAGAUCAACAUCAUCAGACGGCGGCUGGCAAUCCAAAAGGGCAAGGACAAACCCCACAAUGGUGGAGAUGCAAGUUCCCGGAACAUUGAGUUGACCACUGAGGAGUCCUCGUCAAGUGAAUCAAGUGAAGUCACAUCCCAGAGUGACUCUGUCCCACCAAAGCUUUCACCAGCCAGACCUCUACCUAUAACCAGUCGAAGCAGGUCAUCUCCCUCCAGACCCUCCCCUGGAAAAGCCAUGGGUUCGCCAGGUAGAGGGCGUGGAAGGGGGAGGGGCCGUGGCCGAUCUGUCCGAACUAUGUCCGAUCCUCAGCCUGGUGCUUCUGGGGAUUCCAUUCCCACCCUUUCAGCGAAUGAUACCGCAGAAACCCCAAAGACCAAGAGUCCAACACCGGCAGACAAGACUGCGUCACCUUCUGGUGUUGGUAGGAGAACAUCAGUACUGUUCAGUAGUAAGGGAGGGAAGCAGGGCAGUCCUAGUCCAAGGAAGCCUGGUAGACCGCCAAAGCGAUCACUGUCCGUGGAUCAAGGGGGUUCACCCAAUAAACCUGCACAUCGGGUCAGCCAGAGCAGUAGCCUCCAUGUAGAGACUGAAUAUGAGGGCAACUUACCAGCUCCCAAUAAUGACUCCGGUGCUAGCCCUCCCGCCAAGCGAGCCCGCAGUGUAAGCAUGAGUACGAUCGGACAGCGUAGCCCAAGCAGGAGGAUGACUUCUCCAUCAAAGGAUCUUCCGAAUGGUUUUGAGAGUGGUACUCAGAACAGUGGAACCCAAAACAGUGGAACCCAGAACAAUGAAAGCUUUUCUAAGUACCGUUCAGGCCAUGUGCGACCCAGAACCAGCUCAGAAUCGGACAGCAGCAGUUCAUCGACGAGCACUUCCAAUGAAUCGGUGUCUGAGAUGAGCUCUUCAAUGGAGAACGGAGGACCGGGUGGGCGUAGCCUGCUCCAGGCUAACAGGAACCCGUUCACAGAUGACAGCAGUGGGGAUACAUCCUGUGGAGAGAGCACCAGUACUACCAGCAGACCCAUCCCUACAGGUGCGGCUGGGCCUGUGCUCAGGGACAGGAGAGGCAAGCUGAGGAGCCACCUCUGGGGUUCGGACGAAGAGGAGAUCCCACUCAAUCCAUUGGACAUGGUCUGGGCCAAGUGCAGAGGCUACCCAUCCUAUCCCGCUCUGAUUAUCGACCCCAAGAUGCCACGGUCUGGAACGUUCCACAACGGCGUGCCCAUCCCAGUGCCCACCACGGAGGUGCUCAACCAACGUCUCAACUUGGAUGACCUGCUCUAUCUUGUUCUCUUUUUUGAUAACAAACGCACAUGGCAAUGGCUUCCCAGGACCAAAUUGGAACCACUUGGUGUCGACUCUGGCUUGGACAACGUGAAGCUUAUGGAGGGACGUAAGUCAACUGUCCGCAAGAACGUGCAGAUUGCAUACGAUCGUGCCGUCCACCAUCGACGCAGGGUGACAGGGGAGGGCACUGAACCGUUUACGAGCGAUACAAGCGAGGCCCAUGAUACAGCAUAGGACUUGCUCAUAUGAUGGUUCUUUCUUGUUCUCUUUCUGUUCCUUGCACUUUUAGAAUAUUUUCUCUCUUUCUCUGUUCGUCUCCCCUUUUCUCUUUUGCUCACUUCAUUUGUCCUUGUUUCAGUAUCUCAUCUUUUUGUUCACACCAUUGUCAAUGUCUCUACAUGUUUCUCAUGUUCUUUUCUACUGUCUGUUUCUGUCUCUUUCUCUCUAAUAUGCUAUUUUCGUUAUGUAACCAGAUUUAAUGCAUACGUCUUUGUGAAGUGCCGCAAUACAAAUUAUUUCAUUCACCUGAUAAGAAUAUUAGUAUU